AUGUCAGUAACUGACCAAGGAAUCCUCGCCAACUUUGACGCUCAUAUCGUCAAAGAAAAAAUCGUCAAGUCAUCGCUACCCGCAGUCAGUGGUCUUGCCGCAGACACGUUUCAGCUUCAUCAUUUUAUCACUGGCUACCUUGACGGACAUGUUAACAAACACAAUUCGCGCUUCUAUGGAGAUAGGAAGUGUGAUAAUGCCAGUGUAGAGAGUACAGGGUGUGUUCAAGAAAUAAGGCAUCACCAUAUAAAUCAUGGGCCUGAUCAGAUAUUCAAAGCUCUUGAAGAAGGCGGAGGUACAACCCAGCAGGGUUAA